AUGGGAAAUAAUAUGCAUGACGGUCAAGCAAUAGAAGAAGAUCGAACCCAAUUAUGUUUUGUGAAAAUGUUAAUAAAUAAUUUAGUAGCAGGAUCUAUAAUUGGCAAAAAUGGCGAAAUAAUAUCAGGGAUAGAAAAUAAAACUGGUUGUAGCUUAAAAUUGUCACCAAACAAUUCAUUUUUUCCAAAUACACAAAAAAGAGUUUUAGUUAUAUGUGGAAAAAAAAAACAAAUAAAUAAUGUAGUUUUAAUAAUUUUAGAUAAAAUAAGGCAAAUAUCAUCAUUAGCAAAUAAUAAAAAUGAAAAAAAAAUCAAAACGUAUACAUGUAGAAUUGUUGUUCCUAAAUCAGCAGUAAGUGCUAUAAUUGGAAAAGGUGGGUAUCAAAUUAAACAACUCCAAAAUAAAACAGGAACUAAAAUUCAAGUUUCUAAUCGUGAAUGUGGAUUAUAUGAACGAAUCAUAACUAUAGUGGGUUCAUUUGCAUCAAUUAAAGAUACAGCAACAAAAGUAAUAGAAGCAAUACAAACAGAUCCUAAUUUAAAAGAUUUAUUAAAUGUUAAUUACAAUAAAGAAUUAAAUAUUGAAACUAUUACAAAAAUUAAUAAUAGAAAUUAUAUUAAAAAAUUUUCUCAUAAUUUUAUUAAUCAUGUACAUAUGAAUAGAUAUUUGAUACCACAACAAUAUGGAAUAUUUCAACAUGAACAUUAUGUAGAUGCAAAUAUGAUAAAUUAUUUAAUGCGAAAUAAUCGUGAUUUAUUUAAUUUACAAUGUGAAAUAUCUAUAGAAAUUCCAGACAAAUUUAUCGGAUCCGUUAUUGGUAAAAACGGUUCUAGACUUACAAAUAUUAUGAACAGUACAGGUGCCAAAAUUAAAAUAAGUAAAAAAGGAGAACUAAUACCCGGAACUUUUGAUCGAAAAACAAAAAUUAUUGGAACUGUUGCAGCAGUACAUGCUGCUCAUGUUUUAGUUUUACAAUGUUUGGAAUCUGCUUAUAUGCAAAUAAAAUUUGAUAUAUAA